UCCACAUUGAGCUAGCUGUGUAGUAGUGAGUGAGGGAGAUAGAUAGAGGCGCGCCGUAGUAAAGUACACACUACUAUGAAGUUCGGUUUGUAACUUAAUUGUUAUUGCUGUUGUCUACAGAGGACGACUCAGAGAAGAGGAACUUGCAGUGAGUGGUUUUUACAGAGUGGAGUUGAAACCUAGGACAUUUUAGAGGAAGAUUUUUGGUCAGUUUUAACAAAAAACGAUGUCGUCUGCGGCAGUAGCUGCUUCAAGAAGGCAGUCAUGUUAUUUAUGUGACUUGCCCCGCAUGCCGUGGGCUAUGAUAUGGGAUUUUACUGAGCCUGUUUGCAGAGGAUGUGUUAACUACGAGGGAGCAGACCGGAUCGAGUUUGUGAUUGAAACAGCACGGCAGCUAAAGAGAGCCCAUGGAUUCCAGGAAGGUAGAUCUCCAGGACCAGGGAAACCUCAGCUCUCGGGUAAGGAGAUUCAGUCAAUCAACCAUUCGACAGGAGAUCCAGGAUUGCGGCCGCCGCAACCACUGGACCGCUACCCUCUCUCCUCAGACCGUCCGCCUAAAUUGGGCCCAGAGUAUCAAUCUGGAAGACAGGCAAAUGGCAUUCCUGUCCCUAACGGAUUCUCUAAAUCGGACGAUCCACCAGAGCUGAACCGCCAGAGCCCUAACCCUCGCAGGACAGGCACUGUCCCUCCAAAUUUAGUGCCUUUAAUGAACGGGGGCAUGCCUUCCGUGCACGCCAUAAACGGCAGACCGGGGCAGAUGGGACUUUCAGCCGCACUCACGGCGGCUAGUCCCGGCGAGCUGAGCGGCAAGCGACCAGCGUCCGUCUCUAGCACGGAGCAUGAGAGGGAGGUUAAAGACAAGCACAGACCGGACAGCUUAACGCCAGAAAUCAGCGACAGCCACAAGACCAGGUCAGAGGACUGGAUAAGCAAGGGACCUAAAACAGUGAAGGAUCUAAUGUCUCUCAACCCUUUCGACGGCAGGUUUAAGAGGGACCAUGCCAUGCAACAAAGGGUGAUGUACGAAACCGGCGCCCAAGCCUCCAAAUCAGACAGGGGAAAACACCCCAGGAACAUGAAGAGAAAAGCUUCUCCGGAGCCAGAGGGAGAAGGCACAGCCGGGAAGAUUAACGGAGAUGGUCAACAAUGGCUACCGCCCCCGGAUGGCUUGAAAAUGCCACCGGUGCCACCACCAACCUUCAGCUCUCCACCAUCCACAAUAUCACCACACUCACGCACCACCCCGCCUGAGGCCGCACAGAAUGGCCAGUCUCCUAUGGCCGCACUGAUUAUGGCGGCAGACAACGCCGGUGGAAAUAGCUCGCCCAAGGACGCAAAUCAGGUCCACUCGACGACGCGGAGAAACAGCAGCAGCCCGCUCUCGCCGUCGUCCAUGAACCAGAGGAGGUUGACCCAGAGGGAUGGCUCGGGCGCGGGAACGCCUCACGUGCCAGGCAUGGACCAAGUGCACCCCCAAAGCAUUCCGGACUCCUCCGUUCCCAGCAGCAUACCCCUCUGCUGCACGCUGUGUCACGAACGCCUGGAAGACACGCACUUCGUCCAGUGCCCCUCUGUGCCCUCUCACAAGUUCUGCUUCCCGUGUUCAAGGGAAAGCAUCAAACAACAAGGUGCUACGGGCGAAGUGUAUUGUCCAAGUGGAGAAAAAUGUCCACUCGUUGGUUCAAACGUACCUUGGGCAUUCAUGCAAGGUGAAAUAGCGACCAUCCUUGCAGGAGAUGUGAAAGUAAAAAAGGAAAGGGACCCUUGAUUUUAUCAGAAAGUUUUUUCAUUUUUCUUUUGGAAAUACGAAAAUAUGAAUCUAUAUAAAUAAAUAAAUAUGAAUAUCACAUACCAUUCAAAACAAAACGAACGGACUUGUACAUACUGGACACAAGGGAAGUGUAUACUUCGUAAACAUUGCUGUAUAAUUUUUUGAUUUUUGAAUACGUUGUGUUUCUAUAUUUUUGAAGAUAAAGGUAUGUACUCAUUAUAAUGACCUACGUUUCUCUCUGUCGAUGUUUAAGAUUUUCUUGAUGUAUUUUUGGUCUGGUGGCAGUUCCUGUUAAACGUAGAAUGUGACUAAUGCAACUCUACGAGCACUUGGCAAAACUGAAACGCUUCUAGCUGUACUUGUAUGCACUUGUUUAAAAUUGCCAAAUACAAUUUCUGAUCUUGUA